CCUGGACAGGUUGUGGCAUGUCCGCACAUUGUCUGGAGCGAUAAACGCGGAUAGCAAUGGCGGCCCAGUCGUUGUUGUUGCUGUUCUGCCUCGCCGUCGGCGUGCUUCUUGCCCGUGGCCAGAGCGCGGCCGACACCACCGGUUUCAUCAGCAUCGACUGCGGCCUCCUGGAGCACAGCAGCUACGUGAACGAGGCCACCAAGCUGCCUUACAGCCCGGACGCCGGCUUCACCGCCGACGGCGGCACCAGCUACAACGUCUCGGCGGAGUACAACGACACUCCCUACAACAGGCUCCACCCGCAGGUCCUCAGCCUCCGGAGCUUCCCCGGCCCUCCAGGGCGGCGCGGCUGCUACACGCUCUCGUCCUUCGUGGCCGGGACGUCCAAGUACCUGAUCCGGGCCACAUUCCUGUACGGCAACUACGACGGGCUCAACAAGCUCCCCUUGCUCUUCGACCUCUACCUCGGCGUCAACUUCUGGAAGACCGUCAACAUCUCCAAGCCCGACUUGCUGCACGUCGCCGAGGUCAUCGCCUACGUCCCGGCCGACUCCGUGCAGGUAUGCCUGGUGAGCACCGGCUCCGGGACGCCAUUCAUCUCGACGCUGGAGCUGAGGCCUCUCAAGGACACGCUGUACCCGCUGGUGAACAUCACGCAGGGGCUUGUGCUCAUCGGCAGAUGGAACUUCGGCGGCUUGGAUUUGAUCAGGUACCCGGACGAUCCUUACGACCGUGCUUGGGUCCCAAUGAACAGGCCCGGCGAGUGGUAUAACAUCUCGACCAUGAGUAAGGUCGCCAUGGAGGUGGACGAUCAUCGCAAGCCCAGCUACGAUGUACCCUCUGUCGUGAUGCAGACCGCCGUCAAGCCUGUCAACACCACCGAGAACCUCAUCUGGUUCCCGUGGGACGGCGAGCCAAACCGUGUCUACCCCAUGCCUGGGCUCCUUCCUGUUUUGUAUUUUGCGGAGCUGGAAAUCCUGGACAGCAAGCACGAGCGCCUGUUCUUCAUCCGUGCCCAGCGCAACAAAUCGUGGGUUCUCCUAGGCGGACUGGAUUACCUCAAAACCGACGUCGUCUCCCGCAAUGCCCCCUACCCGUUCGUCAGCCCCCUGGAGAACUACAUCACGUUAAGAGCCGCCAACGCUACAGCAGUGCGGCAGCUAUUCAACAACAACUCUACAAUACUGCCACCCUUCAUCAACGCCGCCGAGCUUUUCACCCCCAUUUCCACAGCCAACAUCGGCACUGACGCUCAGGAUGUAUCUGCCAUCACUGCAAUCAAGGCUAAGUAUCAAAUCAAGAAGAACUGGGUGGGUGACCCGUGCGCCCCGAAGACUCUUGUGUGGGAUGGAUUGAACUGUACCUAUCCCAUUUCUAGACCUCAGAGAAUCACGAGCAUAAACAUGUCAUUUGGCGGUUUGAGUGGUGAUAUAUCCUCUUAUUUCGCCAAUCUCAAAGCUAUCCAGUACCUGGACUUGUCACAUAAUAAAUUGACUGGAUCAAUUCCUGAUGGUCUUUCACAACUACCUUCUCUCGUGCUACUAGAUUUGACAGGCAACGAUCUUAGUGGAACGAUUCCGUUUGGUCUUCUGAUACGAAUUCAAGAUGGCAACCUAACUUUAAGAUAUGGCCACAAUCCAAACCUUUGCAGCAACAGCAGUUCUUGCCAGGCUGCGAAAAAGAACCUACACUCUAAAACAUCCAUCUAUAUCGCUGUCAUAAUAGUUGCAGCUGUGGUGCUAGGAGGACUAGUGGUACUACUGCUUGUCAUAAUAAGAAAACAAGGACGGAUAAAACCACAUAAUGAGGAGAGCGACGUGCAAGCACGCUCGCGGAAUCGUCGGUUCACAUACACCGAACUGAAGGUGAUGACAUCCAACUUCCACCGAGUGCUCGGUGAAGGAGGGUUUGGCCUUGUCUAUGAUGGCUUCUUGGAGGAUGGUACUCAGGUGGCAGUCAAGCUGCGGUCUCAAUCUUCCAAUCAGGGUGUAAGAGAGUUCUUGACUGAGGCACAAAACUUGACAGGGAUUCAUCACAGGAAUCUAGUCACUUUGAUUGGUUAUUGCAAGGAUGGGGAGUACAUGGCCCUCGUCUAUGAGUAUAUGUCAAAAGGAAACCUCCAAGAUAAACUCAGAGGGAGAGAUCACAGCGAUGGAUGUUUAACCUGGAGACAGAGGCUCCGCAUUGCACUGGAGUCCGCACAAGGGCUCGAGUAUCUGCACAAGGCGUGUAGCCCGCCUUUCAUACACCGGGAUGUGAAGACGUCAAACAUCCUACUGGAUGCAAAUCUUAAGGCUAAGGUUGCUGAUUUUGGCCUGAUGAAGGCCUUCAAUCACGAUGGCGAUACCCAUGUAUCCACAGCUAGGGUGGUUGGCACACCAGGCUACCUAGCCCCUGAGUACGCAACAGCCUUGAUGCUCACUGAGAAGAGCGAUGUGUACAGCUUCGGCGUCGUGCUGCUGGAGGUGAUCACGGGGCAGCCUCCCUUCGUGCAAAUCCCUCCAACGCAGCCCACUCAUAUUAUGAAGUGGGUGCAGCAGCGCCUUUCAUCUGGCGACAUCGAGGGCGUGGUGGAUGCGCGUAUGCAAGGCGGGUACGAUGUCAACAGUGUGUGGAAGGUCACAGACCUUGCGCUCGAGUGCACGGACCGGACUCCAGAGCAGCGACCCACGAUGACCCGCGUAAUGGCACAGUUGCUGGAGUACCUUGAACUCGAGGAGAGCCGCAGCACCUUCUACACCAGUGCCGAUGGCGACACAAAUGGCAUCAUCUACACAGAGAGUAGCCGUGACCCCAGCUCAAGUUCAAGUAUGUACGCCACCGACCAGUCCACCUCAGAUGUUGCACAGAGCAGCACAACACUCAGGAUGGGACCUAAUUCUGGCAGGGCAUCAACGGUGGAUACCGGUCCUGCUGCACGAUGAGGCUGGACUUUGCGGUCCAUCGGAAAACCAUGCCAUUGUGUGUGAUCAAUUUCGUGCUUGUGCAAUAACGGGGUUUGAAAGAUUUGAUUCUAUCAUACUUAUUUUCUGAGGGAUUGAUUAUGGAUUAUUAAGAUGCUCAUCUGAGUUGUAGCCUGUAGCUCUUUUCCUUUUGCUCCAACUACGGGUCGCUCAAGUGAGCCGUUAAGGAUGUGCUUGGUAUUGCCAUAGAUUGGAUAAUCAUAAUUUCAUUUGCCCAGCCA